CCACAAUUUGUAAAUCGUAAAUUUAUUACUGCUGGUCUAAAUCCACACGUCGUAGUGUGUGAGGAAGACGAUGCUCGCAGCGAGUAUGCAUACCAAUCCGCUCAUUCCAUGUCUUUCGAAAAUUAGAUCACAUUGUGAGGAGUACGUGUGUGGAGUGGCGAUUGUGAUAACCAAUUAAACAUGGACAAGCUCUCGCUGACUCUGCAACUGAAAGAAGAAAGUUAGCUUACAAGUUCUUUUUUAGGGUUAAGGGAUUCAUUAGCACACUUGCUACUGCCUGAGAAUCUAUGGUUGGAAUCCUUGCGACAAUUUGAGGGAGUGCUCUGCAAUGGAGCGGAGUGCGCACAUUUGGGUCCCUUUUGUAUGGUCUUAUUCAUUGAGUUGAAUGUUUCAAGUGAGUUAGAUUCGGCCUGGUUCGAAGGUGGUACGGAGUCUUGAGAAUGUCAGAUUGGGGAGCUGAGGCUGUGUUUAACGUCACAAGUAGUCUGAGCCUGGGAUUAAACGUUAACUCGAGGUGGGAUCGAAGAAGAUGGUUGAGAAAACAAACGGCACAACUUGUUGGGGAAGGCGUUAUGCAGCCAUCAUCUUUUUCCCUGGCUCAGAUCAUGUGUGGAUGAAAUUGGAACCACGUUGUAAUGCAGUUCAUGUCGAUGAGAGGCUCAUGAUGGGGAUUUGCUCAGGAUUGUAGCGUGCAAUUUUCUCCUGCCGGUUUAUCAGACUUGAUAUCUGUACAAAAUGAAAUCCGGACUGCGGCGAAAGGUAGUAAGGAGGGAACAUGAAUCAUCGACUAGGAGAUCGCGCUUUGAGAGUUCCGAUGGGCGGUGGAGUAUCCUCACCGAUGACUUGCUGGAGAUAGUAUUCACGCAUAUACCCUUGCACGACCUUCUCGUAAUGAGAUCUGUCUGCAAACGUUGGCAACGCAUCACUUGCACAGCCUCCUUCAUCAGCCUCUACUCUCGUACCGGUCCCAAAAGCCAGUGGUUUCUCAUGUUCCCCGAAGGUGAAUCACAACGAUACGCGGCUUUCAAUCCCCAGUUGGACUCAUGGCACGAGUUGGAUUGCAAUUUCCUCCCUGUCAAUGUUGUUUGCGUGGCAGCUGCGGGGGGACUUCUCUGUUACGCUCAUACUUCUCUCCAUAACCAACACACCUCCACACAGGAUUGGAAAUGUCUCUUUGUUUGCAACCCCAUUACGAGGACCUUCAGAAAACUCCCCUACUCAACAAAACAACGUCUAAAAAAGCGUAGUGCGCAGAUGGUCGUUGAACAAGGCACUGGCGCUUACAAGGUCAUCGUGGCAAUAGGCAUCAACAGCAUGCUGUUGGGCUAUGAUUCACUGGAGGUUUACGAUUCAAGGACGAAUUCCUGGUCAGUAAAAAACCUUAUCCCAGAAGGCUACUGCGAACCAUGGGUUACAUAUAACUCCACUUUCUUCGAAGGCUCCGUUUACUUCAGUCUCACCAAGGAUGGUUACCUGGGUUCCUACACUGUCGACCGCCUGGAGUGGAGCAUGACAUCGCAAAACAUCUUCCCAACGUACACCAAACCCAGGCCCACGCAGCUGUUCGUCUCCCAAGGCCGGCUGUGCUGCUUGGUUGGCAGAGAAGAAAGAUGUGGGAAUGCGCGUGUGCUGAGCUUGAUGAUUUUAGAGUUCGACAAGAGCAAGCUCCCAGGCUGGUCACUCGUGUCCAGAGUGCCGCCUUUGUUUGGGGAGUAUCCCGGAGCUGUGAGAGCCAUGGGCCACAUCGACUCCAGCUUGAUCUGCGUCACGUCCACCAGGUGCCCUCGCGUGUUACUUUUCAACAGAUCAGAGAAUUCCUGGACGCGCAUUAGCAACUUUCCAGAUUAUGGGCACCUUCCCAAGUGUGGCCCUAAUUCAGCUUUUCCUUUCGAACCCAGGUUAGACAGACUAGUGUAAAUACAUUUGCUGCAUUCUUACAUACAAUUGUUCUUCAUGAUAGUCUCUAAUAGACUUGUACAAAAUACUAGUCUCACACGGUUGUUGCAGAAGCUGCUCCGUAUCCGUCGAUACCAAUUCGAGCUUUUGACAACGUCAAUGGACCGUCUGUGGACACCCACUUGAUGUUGCAUUGGUAAUUCAAUGUUCUUACAUGCCAACGUUGUCUAGAAGAUCUCUCACAAAAAGCUUGUAUAACUUCGUCAUCAAAAUCUUUGUAUUGCAGGCUCCUAGCAUCUUUGUAUUGGAAACUUUAGAGAUGACUGAAACAAUUUUAAUAAUUUAGCUCUUA